AUGCCUUUAGGCCACGCCGGAGAAGGAACCUUCUUGACCCAAGAUGAGCAGGAGUCAGUCAUCAGAGCCUUUUUUCGCUCCGUAGAUGACAGAAUCCCGAUCAUUGCUGGUAUCACUGGCGAGGGUACCGAAGUGGCCACACUGGAGGCUAAGCGCGCCAAAGAUGCUGGUGCAAAGGCUGGUCUUCUCUACCCUUCCCAUGGUUGGUUGCGCUUCGGACACCAGGAUGGUGCACCUCAGGAUCGCUACCGCGUCGUUUACGAGACCAGCAAGCUUCCUCUCAUCCUGUUCCAAUACCCCGACAACACCAAGGCAACAUACAGCUUGCAAACUAUGCUCGACAUCUCCGCACAACCUGGCGUAUUCGCAAUGAAGAACGGUGUCCGCAACAUGCGUCGCUGGGACGUCGAGAUCCCCAUCAUCCACAAGCAGCGUCCUGAACUCCAGAUCCUUACCUGCCACGACGAAUACCUCCUGCACACAGCCUUUGAUAUUGACGGCUUCCUUGUCGGAUACGGAAACAUCGCUCCCGAGCUUCUGAUCCAGAUGAUUGAAGCAGGCAAGGCCAAGGAUUACGCCAGAGCUAGACAACUGCACGAUCAGCUGCUGCCGUUGACCAAAGCUGUUUACCAUCGUGGUAGCCAUAUGGAGGGAACAGUGGCGCUGAAGCAUGCGCUUGUUGCUAGAGGCAUUCUCAACCACGCUACCGUGCGCUCGCCAUUGAUGCCCCUUGCUGAAGGUGCAGACAAGGAGAUUCAUGCUGCAGUCCAGUUCGCAGACCUGCCUAAGAUCAAUGUCAGCAAGCUUCAGUCGAAUGGAAGCAAUGGAACCAGUGGAUCAACGAACGGGUACCACUGA